AUGGACAGGGGGGUAACAACCCUGAUCAGAAAAGGUCUCGUCGCCGUACGACACGAUAUACAGGGAGUCAACCUGGAUUACCUGUUCAUAGAUGUCAUCCCACAAAGGCAUCGCAAAUACCGCAUAUUCAUCCUUAACUUAUAUAGCAACCCGUCCAAAACGCGAGAGAGAUUCUUGCUGCUGCUCAAGAAAGCCACCACCCUCGCGGGCCCACACCCGCUCCUGAUAGGCGGGGACUUCAACGCCCCGCACCCGGCGUGGGGCUAUGGCCACGCCACGGUCAAGGGCAAGCACCUCUGGCAAGACUCACAAGACCUAGGCCUCACGAUCAUCACGGACCCCAGCACUCCCACAAGAAUGUGGUGUCUCGGGAUACCGAGUUGCCCAACGGACCUCACCAUGGUCAAAAACAUCAAGAACGCAAAGUGGCAAAAUACGACAACCGACCUGGGCAGCGACCACAUGAUUAUAGAAAUCAAAAUCCUGACCCUCGGGGGGACCUCCCCACUGACCAGAAGCUUCGUACUCACGGACUGGGACAAGUUCCGCAGACAGAGAGACGCGGCCCAAAACGACGAGCGGAUCACCGACAUCGACUCAUGGACCGCAGAACUGAUCAAUGACGUCGUAAGAGCCACACAGACCAUCACCACCGAGAUCGAAACCGAGAAGAUGGACAGCCGCCUAGCCCACCUCAACGAGGCAAAAACUUCCAUUCUAAACCGGCAACAAUGGGACGAGGUCUGCAACGCCGUCGACGGCCAACUUCACAACGGCCAGACUUGGAAGCUCCUCAAGCGCCUCCUAGAUGAAACCAAGAGUAAAUCCAACCAACGAGACAACCUGCGCAGGCUCCUCUACACGGAGAUAAACGCAACGGACCGAAACAGCGUCAUCCAAAUACUGAUAAACAAAUACCUACCUCAAAAAUUCACAGUCCAGCAACUGGACUAUCGGGGUGAGCCGAACCCCACCCUAGACGAACCCUUCAGCAUGGUCGAAAUCAGAACGGCGCUGCACGGACUCAACGGCAAAUCCGCGCCGGGGCCAGACAGAAUCACAAAUAAAUCCUUCAGAAACCUAGACGACAUGUCCAUCGACAAGCUAACCGAGUUCAUCAACGGUUGCUGGAAAGAAGGCAAUAUCCCACUCCAAUGGAAGACAUCCAAGGUCAUCCUCAUUCCCAAACCGGAAAACCCCCGAGCCUCGAAAACCUAA